AAUUCUUUUCAUAACUACUCUGUUCCUCUUCUUUCCUUUCUGUUACUCCACAGCCCUCUCCUCCUGUUUACGUUCAAUCCAAGGGAAGAACAGAGAUCUAAGCAUGCAAUCCAUGCAUUUCUCUACCAAAAAGCUUCCAUGGCGGACAUGGGUUUUCAUUUUUGUCUUCUGUUUCCAACUUUAUAGCUCGAUUUCCGAUCCCAGAAUCAAUCUGUCUGGCCUCUUCUGCGGCACUUCCGGCCCACCAUCGCAGGUCAACAUAACUCCGCUCUUUACCGAGGAAAUGCAGGGCCUUUCGCAACUCAUCAACACGAGCCACUUUAUCACUUACCAUCUUAACUCCUCCUCCGCGCUUCCCUUGUACGCGCUUGCCCAGUGCCACCACGACCUCUCACAGAUAGACUGUAUCGUCUGCUACACUAUCUCUCGCACCAGCCUCCCCCGCUGCCUCUCUUCCGUCUCAGGCCGCAUCUUCCUCGACGGCUGCUUCUUACGUUACGAUAACUACAGCUUUUACAACGAAUCUGUCUCUUCAACUUCCGAUAAGGUGAGUUGCAGUCCCGAUGACGUUGCACUGGUGGGUCUUGAUCGGAUGGGUUUUGUUCGGAAUGUUGGGUACGCAGUAGGGAAUGUGACUGCGAUUGCAGUGAGCAAAGGAAGGUUCGGGGUUGUGGCGGCGGAGGGAGUCUAUGCGCUGGCCCAAUGUUGGGAAAGUCUCAGCACUGAGGGCUGCAGAGAGUGCCUGGAGAAGGCGGCGAACGAGGUCAAAAGCUGCCCGCCGAAGAAGGAAGGGAGGGGGAUGAAUACUGGGUGUUAUCUAAGGUACUCGACAGAAAAGUUCUACGGCAACGGUGGAGGUACAGGGCAUCAGGGCCAUGGGUUUACUGGAAUUAAGAUGAUCGUAGCUAUUGUUUUAGUAGCAACUGCAAUCUCCAUGGUCUUUUUCUCUGCAAUUUAUGCUGCCCAUGCAAGACUAUCAAGGAUGAAAAAAGAACGCAAUAAUCUCGGGCCAAUUUCGACAAGCUUCAACAAAUCAGGCUUGAGUUUCAAGUAUGAAACCCUCGAAAAGGCUACAGAUUACUUCAGCCCUUCGAGGAAAAUAGGCCAAGGAGGUUCUGGUUCUGUGUACAGAGGGGUUCUUCCAAAUGGAACAUCAGUAGCAGUGAAAAGAUUGAUUUUCAAUACCAGGCAAUGGGUAGAUGAGUUCUUCAAUGAGGUAAACUUGAUUAGUGGAAUUCAGCACAAGAAUUUGGUCCAGCUUCUGGGUUGCAGCAUUGAAGGCCCUGAGAGCCUCCUGGUCUAUGAGUAUGUACCAAACAGGAGCCUGGAUAACUUCAUUUUUGAUGACAAGAAAACUAAGCCUUUAAGUUGGCAGCAGAGGUUUAAUAUCAUUGUGGGAACAGCCCAGGGUCUUGCAUACCUUCAUGGAGGUUCUCAUGAAAGGAUAAUCCAUAGGGACAUAAAAAGCAGCAAUAUUCUUCUCGAUGAGGAUCUCACUCCAAAGAUUGCUGAUUUUGGACUGGCUCGGUGCCUGGCUCCUGAUAGGACUCAUCUCAGCACUGGAGUCGCUGGCACACUGGGGUACAUGGCUCCAGAAUAUCUUGUUCGUGGGCAGCUUACUGAGAAAGCAGAUGUUUAUAGUUUUGGAGUACUCAUUCUCGAGAUUGCCUGUGGCAGAAGGAAUUCUGCCUUCACAAAGGACUCUGGUACCCUUCUACAGACGGCUUGGAGACUGUACAAAUCUAAUACUCUUGCUGAAGCAGUUGAUCCUCAAAUACGAGAUGAUUCAACAGCAAAGGAGGCAUCCAAUGUGCUUCAAAUUGGAUUGCUCUGCACACAGGCUUAUGUAGCUUUAAGACCAUCGAUGGCAGAAGUAGUUCAGAUGCUGACUGAUAGAGAUUGUGAAAUCCCUUUUCCUAGCCAACCUCCAUUCUUGAAUGCUAGCCUUCUCGAUCCAGCUGCCAGCUCCAGCACGUCUUACAGCGCGGACAGUUUCAUAUCAAGUGCAGCUAGAAAGACUGAAGCCUGCUGCAACUCCUCUCUGUCAUCUGGCAAUGGCAGCUUAGGCGAUCAAGCCUCCAGAAGUGAAGAAUCAUUGCGUAAGUAGAUCAACAAAGUGAGGUUUUCAGAAUGAUUCAUCUUGCCACGAUUCCUGUGGGCAGAAAACAGGAAUGUGAGUGUUGAUCUCCUUGGAGCAUGGGCUUCAAAGUCAAUGUGAAAUAGGAAUGUUUCCGCAUAAAUGAAGGAAAAUGAAAGGUAGCAUUGAAGAAAGCACACCAACAGCUAACUCUGAUGUUACUUGUCUAACACAGGAAUGUAGAUACAUCAGAAUUUUCGAGUCUUUUUUUUAUCUUUUCUCUACAGGAACCAAAACAGUUGUAAUUUAUUCUUUAUAUUCAAGUUAGCAAUAGGAAGACAGUAGAGAGUUGUUGAACACCAAAAAAAUUUCAUCAUGAACUUCUGGAAGGCUUGUGUAAGUUAAUAAAUUCAAGACGUUAGGUGGGGUAGAACCCAGUUGCUUACAGCAUCGGUAUCAUUAUUUCAAAUUUAGUAGGCAUUUAAUGAAAAUUAAAUUCCAAA